UCACCUAACAUGGCCGAGGCAUCAGAAGGUGACACGUUAGAGAAAAAAUCGGGUUGUACUCGAGUUUCUGCCAAGAACAACACAAGAAGGAGAUUUGUCGGAACUAAGUCAAAUGCUGGACAGACGACUGACAAACUUACAGAAAUAGGGGCCAAUAAGAGAAGAGUUGUUCGUCAGAUUCCAGAUGAGAUUCUGAACAAUCCUGAGCUGCAGAAUGCUGUGAGACAGUUACCACCCAACUACAAUUUUGAAAUUUUCAAGACAGUAUGGAGAAUUAAAGAAAUAAAUGCUAAAAGAGUGGCAUUACAGUUCCCUGAAGGACUACUAUUGUUUGCUUGCACUAUAGCAGACAUUUUAGAAAGAUUCACAGGUUGUGAUACAGUUAUCAUGGGGGAUGUCACAUAUGGUGCUUGUUGUGUUGAUGACUUCACUGCAAGGGCCCUUGGUUGUGAUCUCAUGGUUCACUAUGGACACAGCUGUUUGAUUCCUAUUGACUCCACCAAAGGAAUCAAGAUGUUAUAUGUAUUUGUGGACAUUAAGCUGGAUGCCACACAUUUUGUGGACACUGUCAGACACAAUUUUGAAACUGGAAAGUCGCUUGCAAUUGUGAGCACAAUUCAAUUUGUGACAACACUUCAAGCUGUAUAUCAGGACCUGUGUAAAGAUUAUCAGGUUGAGAUUCCACAGUGUAAACCAUUGUCACCCGGAGAGAUUCUGGGCUGCACUGCUCCCAGAAUAAAAGACAAGGAUGCAUUCAUUUACUUAGGUGAUGGAAGGUUUCAUCUAGAAGCUGUUAUGAUAGCUAACCCAUCUAUACCAGCAUACAGGUACGAUCCCUAUAGCAAAGUGUUUUCCAGGGAAUAUUACGAUAUUGAUGCCAUGUUUCAAGCGAGGAAAGACGCCAUAAGUACAGCGUCAAGAGCUAAGAAAUUUGGACUCAUUCUGAGUACGUUAGGAAGGCAAGGAAGUCCAAAGGUGCUAGAGAAUUUAGAACAACGACUCAGCAAGGCGGGCCUGGAAUAUGUCAUUGUGCUGAUGUCUGAGAUUUUUCCGGGUAAACUUGGUUUGUUUGAGGACGUGGGAGCAUGGGUGCAAGUAGCUUGUCCACGAUUGUCCAUCGACUGGGGUUACGCUUUUCCAAAACCUCUGCUGUCGCCUUACGAGGCGUCAGUUGUGCUUGAACAAAUCGAAUGGCAAGAAAAUUACCCAAUGGAUUUCUACGCAAACACCAGUUUGGGACCCUGGACUGUGAAUAAUGAGCGAAAUAGACAAAUACCGGUUAGCAUUAGAAAAAAGAAUUUGCACACAGAAAAGCUGUCUGCGGAAAAUGUUUCAUUAAAUGUAGAGAGCAAGGAAGGAUGCGAUGGACAACCUAAGGAGUGCUGUGGGAAAUGCUAUCAUGAAAAGCUACUUAAGUUACAGGAAGAUAAAACUAAUCCACAGUGAUAUAGAGUGCUUCUAGCAAUAGCUAAAACAGUCGCCUUAGAAAAACAUUCGGGAAAGAGAAGGCUUCUACCUUUUCUUUCGCUCGAAUUGGACAGAGAGGUUUGCGAUCGAGUAUGCAAUACCAAAACUAUGUCGGCCAAUCAGAAUAAAGUAAUUAUCACGAGGAGCCAAUGAGAAGUGAAACUGGGUUAAGCGCGGGAAAACACGAAUGUCUAAGCCGUGAUUGGUUUCAAUUCUCCAUUUGGACCUGAUUGGUUGUGCCGAUGGCGUGAGUUUUUUGGACCAAUCAUGUCGAGAGUCCCAUUUAAGAAUAUGAUUGAGAUCGCUGGCCAGUGAGCCGCAAUUCAAAUCAAUUAAACUGAUAUCAUACGAACUAAUAUAAUGAGAGCAAAAGAAACGUUCACUUGCAGCAGCAGCAACAGAAAAGUGGACCAAAUCAAUAGAAGUUUAGAUUCUUGAAAUGACCACAGAGUGUACAUAACUUACAUACCUUUGUAUUCUGUAAAAUCUAAGACAUGCCUUCACCCCGAGACAGAAAAUAAAACUGGGCACGCAACUAAACAAAAAAAAAAAACGCCUGUUCUCAAGUUAAGAGCGAGUUGUAAGGCUCUUUUGUGGGUAGUGACUCACGAGGAGAGGUUUGUUUAUCCGUCGUUGUGUGAUUCAUCUCUAGUGAGAGUGAGCUAGACAGUACAAGAUGGUUCUUAAAGGAGCUUGUCGUUUCAAAGACCAGUCAUUCUUUAUCGGUAGGGGUGGGGGAAGGGGGUUGUCGCGGAAUUCCGCGAGUUUGAACUGUAGCAACUGGAAACUAUCUAGAGGCCUGGCUUUCAGCUCGGAGGCCUGGGACUGAAAAACGUGUUUUAAAUAAACGAAAACCUUUGAACAGAGGACGAUUUUUUUCUUUAACUUCGCAAAGGAAUUGUAAAUUUGGAAUAAAUGUGACUGCGUCAAGUGCUUUUUACUGUUUCAUGAGCGCUAAGUGAUGAGCAGGGAAGUGUGCUUCGUUUUGUGUGCGCCUAACCCUCUUGUCAAGCACGUGCAAAAGCAUCAGCCUCGCAAGCUAAGAAAACAGCGAAUGUUCAGCCUACAACAAAGAGUCUACAAUGCUUACCGAAAAAGGAGUCUUAGAAUAAACUAACUGAUAAAUAUCUAUCGUGGAAUACCAAUUCUCUGGAACACGUGACUAAGAUGUGCUCAUUUGUAAUACAUAGAAUCAACCAGAGAGAAAACACAAAAUGUUCUGAUUAAUCU